AUGAAACCCCACUCCCGAACGGCGACACAGAAACAGAGUGCUGGAAUUGAAGAAGAUGGUGGUUCCUCCAAAAUUGGCAGGAAUCGUGAUUGCUAUGGCGAUCCCUUUGAUAUUAGUUUGGCCUACGUUGUUCAAGAUCCGGAGACCGUUACUCCAUCACGCCAAGACCAUGAUUACUACAACAUUUCUCCAUAUCCUAAUGCUUUCGCCUAUGGGCAUGCCGCUUGCAAUCCAAAUCUCACGGCCUCUGACUGCAGAACAUGUCUCGCUGCUGCUAAGACGGCCAUGUUUGGGGCAUGUCAGAAACGCAGAGGGGCUCGCGCUGUGCUCCAUGAUUGUACAAUCAGGCAUGAGCAAUACCCUUUUGACGAUUAG